GGGAAUAAAAAGGGCUUGCAAGACUGCACAACAGCCUGGGCAUCCAUUUCUGGGUAUUUGACUGAAGGAGACAGCGAGGCUCCGCAGGGACUGAUCUCAGAAUAUAAAAGCCGAAUAAGAUUGGAAGGUUUCUGUGAAAGAUUGAAGGGGAAGGAUCCCUGAACCCGCAAUGUUGUCCUCAUCUCUUAUGGUCUUCAUUCUGCUCAUCGCUUGCGGUAAAGCGGAGGUCAUCUGCCCAGAUGGCCUACAACAGGGGAAUUUCCAGAGAGAAUGCCCUGUGACACUGGGAGAAAAAGGUGAUAAAGGAGAACGUGGACCUCCAGGAGAGAGAGGACCCCCGGGUAUCGCAGGAGCAGCUGGGCUUCCCGGACAGAAAGGAAAUCCAGGUGUUCCAGGGCUGCCGGGACCAAAAAGGGAUAAGAGAGACAUUCCGGAAACUGUCUACAAAGCCAGGAACUGUAAGGAGCUGCGGGAUCAUGGAGAGUUACUCAGUGACUGGUACACCAUAUACCCGGAUGGCAGCACCCCCCUGAGGGUCCUGUGUGACAUGCACACUGAUGGUGGAGGCUGGAUGGUAUUUCAGAGACGCUAUGAUGGUUCCGUUGAUUUCCAGCGUGACUGGAAGUCCUACAAGAUGGGGUUUGGUAGCCGCCUGACAGAGUUCUGGCUGGGGAAUGAGAAUCUGCACCAGAUAACGUCAUCAGGCACCUGGGAGCUGCGGGUGGACCUACAAAACUUCAAUUACGGACGAUCUUUUGCUAAAUACAAAUCAUUUCAGAUUAUGGGAGAAUUUGAGAAAUACAAAUUGAUACUUGGAAGCUUUAUAGGUGGUAAUGCAGGAGAUUCUCUGACAUAUCAUAAUGGGAUGAAGUUCACCACAACAGACCAGGACAACGAUGUAUACUCCGGUAACUGCGCCCAGAUGCACAAGGGGGCCUGGUGGUACAGGAGUUGUGUCUUCUCAAACCUGAAUGGACUGUACCUUCCCGGGAAUCACACUACCUUUGCUGAAGGCAUUAACUGGUACACUGGCAAUGGGCUUAAUUAUUCCUACAGACAGUCUGAGAUGAAGAUUAGACCGCUGUGAUAACGCAGAGAGACGCUUCCUACAAUGACCCUGAUUGUAUCUGACAUAUAACUGCUGUGAUUGGCUGUUACUGCGCUAUAAUGAGAAUAAAUCAUACAGUGAUAUACGCAUCUAUAUAA